UCUCCAAGCUGUUAUUUGGUUGUGGUCGUCCUGAGGAAUUCCCCAUCUAUCUUGAACCACUUUCGGUCCGGGUUUUGGGGGUACCGGCAAGGGGUUGCCACCAUGUCGCGCUUUGACACGAAGGAGUUCGGGGAGGCUGCACCGUUUUUACGCAAAUCGGACCUGGAGCUGCUGGCGGCGCACACCAUUCCCUUUGAUGGUAAGAAGCGAGCUUGGAUCCCAGAUGAAAAAGAGGCGUACAUUGAGAUUGAGAUCAAGGAGCUCAGCGGUGACAAUGUCACUGUUGAAACCAAAGAUGGGAGAACUUUAACAGUAAAAGAGGAUGACAUCCAGCAGAUGAAUCCUCCAAAGUAUAACAUGAUCGAAGACAUGGCCAUGCUGACACACCUCAACGAGGCCUCUGUGCUGUACAACCUGCGCAGACGCUACGCAGCCUGGAUGAUCUAUACUUACUCCGGGCUCUUCUGUGUGACGGUGAAUCCAUACAAGUGGCUGCCUGUCUACACAGCCCCUGUGGUCGCUGCCUACAAGGGCAAACGCCGCUCUGAGGCCCCUCCACAUAUAUACUCCAUUGCAGACAAUGCAUACAAUGAUAUGCUGCGCAAUCGUGAGAACCAGUCCAUGCUCAUCACCGGAGAAUCCGGUGCUGGCAAAACUGUCAACACGAAACGUGUCAUUCAGUAUUUUGCCAUUGUGGCAGCUCUUGGGGACACACCUGCCAAAAAAGGACAAGGUCCUGCCACUAAAACAGGGGGGACGCUAGAGGAUCAGAUCAUCGAGGCGAACCCCGCCAUGGAGGCGUUUGGUAACGCCAAAACGUUAAGGAAUGAUAAUUCAUCCCGUUUUGGAAAGUUCAUCAGGAUCCACUUUGGACCUACUGGCAAACUAGCCUCGGCUGAUAUUGAUAUAUAUCUUCUGGAAAAAUCCAGAGUGAUAUUUCAGCAGCCUGGAGAGAGGAGCUACCACAUCUACUACCAGAUCAUGUCGCAGAAGAAACCUGAACUGUUAGACAUGCUGCUUGUGUCUACCAACCCGUACGACUACCACUUCUGCUCCCAGGGAGUGACCACAGUGGAGAGCAUGGAUGACGGACAGGAACUGAUGGCCACUGAUCAUGCUAUGGACAUCUUAGGCUUCCUGCCUGACGAGAAGUAUGGCUGCUAUAAAAUAGUGGGAGCCAUCAUGCACUUUGGAAACAUGAAGUUCAAACAGAAGCAGCGGGAGGAGCAGGCAGAGGCUGACGGCACUGAAAGUGCAGACAAGGCCUCAUACCUUAUGGGAGUCAGUUCAGCUGACCUUAUCAAGGGCCUUCUUCACCCAAGGGUGAAGGUGGGGAAUGAAUACGUGGUGAAGGGGCAGAAUGUGGAGCAGGUUAACUACGCUGUUGGUGCUCUGGCAAAAGCCACGUAUGACCGUAUGUUCAAAUGGCUCGUGGGGCGGAUCAACCGGACCCUGUACACCUCUCUGCCUCGCCAGUACUUCAUAGGAGUUCUUGACAUCGCUGGCUUUGAGAUAUUUGAUCUCAACAGCUUUGAGCAGCUGUGCAUCAACUUCACAAAUGAAAAACUGCAACAGUUUUUCAACCACCAUAUGUUCAUCCUGGAGCAGGAGGAGUAUAAGAGGGAGGGCAUAGAAUGGACCUUUAUUGACUUUGGGCUCGACCUGCAGGCUUGCAUUGAUCUUAUUGAAAAGCCGAUGGGCAUCAUGUCUAUCCUUGAAGAGGAGUGCAUGUUUCCAAAGGCUUCAGACAGCAGCUUUAAAGCCAAGAUGUAUGAUAAUCACAUUGGCAAGUCGCCUAAUUUCCAAAAGCCACGACCGGACAAGAAGCGCAAGUUCGAGGCUCAUUUCGAGCUGAUGCACUAUGCCGGAGUGGUUCCAUAUAACAUUGUUGGCUGGCUGGACAAAAACAAAGACCCACUGAAUGAAACAGUGGUGGCCUGUUUCCAGAAGUCUGCCAACAAGCUGCUAGCUUCUCUGUACGAGAACUACGUCAGCUCUGACUCAGCACCUGAUCCCAAGACAGGCAAGGAGAAGAGGAAGAAGGCUGCCUCUUUCCAGACUGUGUCUCAGCUUCAUAAGGAAAAUCUGAAUAAGCUGAUGACCAACCUGCGCAGCACCCAGCCUCACUUUGUACGCUGCAUUAUCCCUAAUGAGACCAAGACUCCAGGAAUAAUGGAUUCAUUCAUGGUGCUGCACCAGCUGCGCUGCAACGGUGUGCUGGAAGGCAUCAGGAUCUGCAGGAAGGGCUUUCCCAACCGCAUCCUUUACGCUGAGUUCAAACAGCGCUACCGCAUCCUGAACCCCCAGGCCAUCCCAGAUGAUAAGUUUGUGGACAGCAGGAAAGCUGCAGAGAAGCUGCUGGCAUCCCUGGAUAUUGACCACAACCAGUACAGAUUUGGACACACUAAGGUGUUCUUCAAGGCAGGCCUGCUUGGUCACCUUGAGGAGUUGAGGGAUGAGCGUUUGGCCAAAGUCCUGACCCUGCUGCAGGCAGCAUCUAGAGGCAAAAUCAUGAGGAACGAGCUGAUGAAGAUGACGGAAAGGAGGGAGGCUCUGAUGAUCAUCCAGUGGAACAUCCGAGCUUUCAACGCUGUCAAGCAUUGGCCCUGGAUGAAGCUCUUUUUCAAAAUCAAGCCUCUACUGAGGAGUGCAGCCACUGAGAAAGAGCUCGCCUCUCUGAAGGAGGAGCUGGCCAAGCUGAAGGAGGCUCUGGAGAAAUCGGAAGUGAAGCGCAAAGAGCUCGAGGAGAAGCAGGUCAGCCUGAUCCAAGAGAAGAAUGACCUGGCUCUACAGCUGCAGGCAGAGCAAGAUAAUCUUGCAGAUGCCGAAGACCGCUGUGACCUGUUCAUCAAAACUAAGAUCCAGCUGGAGGCCAAAGUUAAAGAAAUCAUGGAGAGGCUGGAGGACGAAGAGGAGAUGAGCGCUAAUGUGGUCGCCAGGAAGCGCAAGCUGGAGGAUGAGUGCUCUGAGCUGAAGAAAGACAUUGAUGAUCUGGAGAUCACACUGGCCAAAGUGGAAAAGGAGAAACAUGCCACUGAGAACAAGGUGAAGAACCUGAUUGAAGAAAUGGCAGCUCUAGAUGAAAUCAUAAUGAAGCUGACCAAAGAGAAGAAGGCCCUCACUGAGGCUCAUCAGCAGACUCUGGAUGACCUGCAGGCGGAGGAAGACAAAGUCAACACUCUGACUAAAGCCAAAGCAAAGCUGGAGCAACAAGUAGAUGAUCUGGAGGGCACACUGGAACAAGAGAAGAAGCUGCGUAUGGACCUGGAGCGGGUCAGACGUAAGCUGGAGGGAGAUCUGAAACUCUCCCUGGAGUCUGUCAUGGACUUGGAGAACGACAAGCAGCAACUUGAUGAGAAGCUGAAAAAGAAAGACUUUGAAAUGAACGAGAUAAGCUCAAGGAUUGAAGAUGAGCAAGCUUUGGUCAAUCAGCUCCACAAGAAGAUAAAAGAGCUGCAGGCCCGUACAGAGGAGCUUGAAGAGGAGUUGGAGGCUGACCGGUCUUCCAGGGCAAAAGUUGAGAAGCAGCGUGGCGAUGUGGCUCGUGAACUCGAAGAUCUAAGUGAACGUCUGGAGGAGGCUGGUGGAGCCACCUCAGCCCAGGUAGAGGUCAACAAGAAGAGAGAAGCUGAUUUCCUCAAACUGAGGCGAGACCUGGAGGAAGCCAUGCUGCACCAUGAGGCUACCACGGCAGCCUUGCGGAAGAAGCACGCUGACAGCGUUGCAGAACUGAGCGAGCAAAUCGACAGCCUGCAGCGAGUCAAGCAGAAGCUGGAGAAGGAGAAGAGCGAGGCCAAGAUGGAGGUAGACGAUCUGGCAUCUACUAUGGAGCAGCUCUCCAAAGGCAAAGCUGCUUCUGAAAAGGUGUGCCGUCUCUAUGAAGACCAGAUGAAUGAGGCUAAAGCCAAGGUUGACGAGCUCCAGAGACAGCUCAACGAAGCCAACACCCAAAGGGCCCGCGCUCAGGCUGAGGGCGGUGAGCUGGGGAGAAAGCUUGAGGAGCGAGACGCCAUGGUCUCUCAGCUCCAACGUGCCAAGAACUCCUUCGGCCAGAAUGUUGAAGAACUCAAGAAACAGCUGGAGGAGGAGAAUAAGGCUAAGAGCGCCCUGGCCCACUCGCUGCAGUCAUCUAGACACGACUGUGAUCUCCUGAGAGAGCAGUAUGACGAGGAGCAGGAAGCCAAGGCUGAGCUGCAGAGAGCUCUGUCUAAAGCCAAUGUAGAUGUGGCUCAGUGGAGGACAAAGUAUGAAACUGAUGCUAUCCAGAGGACUGAGGAGCUGGAGGAAGCCAAGAAGAAGUUAGUGACUCGUCUGCAGGAGGCUGAAGAGUCUGUGGAGACUUCCAAUGCCAAGUGCUCCUCUUUGGAGAAGACUAAACAUCGUCUACAGAUGGAGAUGGAGGAUCUGGUCAUUGAUCUGGAGCGCGCAAAUGCUGCAGCUGCUGCUCUUGACAAGAAGCAACGCAACUUUGAUAAGGUGCUGGCUGAAUGGAGACAGAAGUAUGAGGAGUGCCAGUCGGAGCUGGAGACUUCUCAGAAAGAUUCCCGUGGCCUUAGCACAGAGCUCUUCAAACUGAAGAACUCCUACGAGGAGACCCUGGAUCAUCUGGAGACCAUCAAGAGGGAGAACAAGAAUCUUCAAGAGGAAAUUGCCGACCUGUCUGAUCAAAUCAGUCAGGGAGCCAAGACCAUCCAUGAGCUUGAAAAAAUGAAGAAGGGUCUGGACAUGGAGAAAAGUGAGAUUCAAGCUAGCUUGGAGGAAGUUGAAGGCACUUUGGAGCAUGAAGAAAGCAAAAGUCUCCGCAUCCAGCUGGAGCUUAACCAGAUCAAGGCUGAAGUUGACAGGAAGUUGGCAGAGAAGGAUGAGGAGAUUGACAACCUUCGCCGUUACAACCAGCGAUCACUGGAGUCCAUGCAGGCCACAUUGGAUGCAGAGUCCAGGUCUCGUAACGAGGCCUUGCGUCUGAGAAAGAAGAUGGAGUGUGACCUCAAUGAGAUGGAGGUGCAGCUGAACCAUGCCAACAGGCAGGCUGCUGAGUCUCAGAAGCUACUGAGAAACCUGCAAACUCAGAUUAAGGACCUUCAGUUGGAGCUGGAUGACACAGUUCAUAAGAACGAGGAGCUGAAGGAACAGGUGGCAUUGACUGAGCGUCGCAACAACCUGCUUGUAUCUGAGGUGGAGGAGUUCAGAGCUCUGCUUGAACAGAACGAUCGAGCUCGCAAGCUGGCAGAGCAUGAACUGCUUGAGGCAACUGAGAGAGUAAACCUCUUGCACUCUCAGAACACUGGACUUCUCAACCAGAAGAAGAAGCUGGAAUCUGAUCUGUCCACACUGUCAAAUGAGGUGGAUGAUGCUGUGCAGGAGUGCCGCAACGCUGAGGAAAAAGCCAAAAAGGCCAUCACUGAUGCAGCCAUGAUGGCAGAAGAGCUGAAGAAAGAGCAGGACACCAGUGCUCAUCUGGAGAGGAUGAAGAAGAACAUGGAGCAGACAGUAAAGGAUCUGCAGAUGCGAUUGGACGAGGCUGAGCAGAUUGCUCUCAAAGGCGGCAAGAAGCAGGUCCAGAAACUGGAGGCCAGGGUCAAAGAACUUGAGAAUGAACUUGAGUCUGAGCAGAAGAAGAGCCAAGAGUAUCAGAAAGGUGUGCGCAAGUACGAAAGGAGAAUCAAAGAGCUCUCCUACCAGGCUGAGGAAGACAAGAAGAACCUGAUCCGCCUGCAGGACCUCAUCGAUAAGCUGCAGGCCAAGUUGAAGGGUUACAAGAGACAGGCUGAAGAAGCUGAGGAGCAUGCAAACUCCAACCUGACCAAGUUCAGGAAGCUCCAGCAUGAGCUCGAUGAUGCAGAGGAGAGGGCUGACAUGGCUGAAACACAGGUCAACAAGCUGCGGGUCCGCACCCGUGACCAAGUUAGCAAGCUUGCCGAGUGAUGUCUGGAGGCUGCGAGCUGUGUCCAAACAUAUCACAGCCACCCAGCUGCAACAGCUGUGCUCAACUGUGAGGACACCUAAAUAAAGACUAAUAAACCUUUA